CCUUCUCCUCCUCCCCUCCAUGCCUCACUUGGCCAGAGUAACAGGCUGCCUCCGCCCAUAGCCUGAGAGCGAGACAGAGAAGCGGAGAAACGUGGUGAGAGCCCUCGAAGAAGGCCGGAGUUUCCCCUGCAAUUCUGACAGCCAAGUGCUCCACUUUGCAAUGCUGCGAAUGACGGCUUGGCGCCUCGGCGGCCUUUUGUCAAGACGUGCGACGGUGGCGGCGACCGGUGGUAGUGUGAGGAUGGCAUCCCAGGGGCAUCAUGUCUCCACACAAGCAGACAUGUCGCUGCCUAUGUACUGCGAUCGCAUGGACACCCCACUGCCAGAAAGACCGUAUCAGGACACCCUCAGCGCAGUGGAGAAGAGCCUGAAACAAAAGGAGAAGGGGCCUUGGACCCAGCUCUCCAAGGAAGAAAAACUUGCCCUCUACAGGCUGAUGUUCAGAAAGACCUACGCAGAGAUGAAGGUGCCGUCUAAUGAAUGGAAGACUGUCUUUGGUGGAAUCUUAUUUUUUAUCGGCAUUACGGGCCUGGUGGUCCUCUGGCAGCGAUAUAACGUGUUCCCUCCACGGCCUCACACGCUGGAAGAUGAGUGGAAGGCCCAGCAGUUAAAGCGGAUGAUUGACAUGAGGAUCAACCCCAUAGAAGGCUUAUCCGCCAAAUGGGACUACGACAAGGGCCAGUGGAAGUAGGGUUCGCGGUUUGGGGGGCGUUCUCUGAAUUCUGGCUAUGGCAGGAUUAAUUCUGCAUGGAGUGUAAUUAGUCCAUCCUCCUCUCUGUCAUGAAUGUAACUUGUCUGUCAAUUAGCACACACCUGACACACUUGAUCGCUCCUCAUGAAUGACAUGACUCCUUUUCCACACUGUCAAUUUGCCAUUAUAGCAUAAGCACAUUUUCAUUAACCUAAAAUCAAUCAUACUUCCUGUGAUUCUCUAUCUCCCAGCUGUUAAUUCAUAUUUACUUUACAUUUAACACAAAACACUGAAUUCUCCUUAUAUGGGUAUCAUUCUGUAUUUCACUGUAAUCUAUUAAACUUGAAGGCAAUCUAAAGGAAUGCAUCUUCAUAUCAGUCAAAGAUCAGGCAUUAUAUAUAUAUACAUAGAUAUUAUAUAAUGUUUUACUACAUUGGUAAGUAACAUAAGUAAGGAUGGAAAGUAAAGAUGAAGUACUGAAACAUUUGUUUUUUUGUUGGUUUUUUUUCCAAAUUCAAAAAAGGUUUUGGGUCAGUGAUCAUGUUCUAUCAACGCCUUUCAUUAAUUUAAUAGCUUUUAAUUUAAAAGUCAUUUUAUGUGUUUAAUUCACAAAUUCAUUUUACGGUAUUGCACUUCUAUUAGCGGUGCACAUAAGCAGCCAGGGGCAUAAAAUAUAAUUGGUUUGGAAUUAAUUGAUGCCGUUUGACAAGUAAAGACAGAGGAACUCCUUUUGUGAAGGACGGCAUCUCGAACCGUGGCAGUUAGUAAGGUUCCGAUGCCUCCCCAGUGAAGAAUGAACCAACCUUCUUUCAGCAGUCAUUCAUUUAAGGACAUUUUACUGAAAUUCUUGGUAACUUUUACUUUUGAAAAUGUAACUCCACCUUGAAAUGUCAGACCUAAUCUGAUUUCAUGUAACAAUGUUAUACACCUACACUUCAUAUUUAGCUGCUUAUAAUUAAGUAGGUCAAAUUAUGAUGUAAUAAAUUGAUUAAAAUUAAAUCUGCAUUGGAAGUAGCAUUUGUGAGACUCAUGCCCUUCAAUUACAUAAUUACAUGUCAUAAUUCAAAAACGUUUUUGUAGAGGAAAUAGCGUAAGAAGUAAACUGUUAUAAAAAUCACAGUCUAAAUAGCUUAUAUAAGUUAUAUAAAUAACAAUAAAAUUUAUUUCAAUCUACAAAUACAUAAACAUUUCCUAUGAGUCGUUUAUUUACAUGGUCCUUGCAUUGCAAUAUCUGCACAAACAACAGGCAGGUACCCAUGGCUGCUUGCACCCUCACAGCAGACUUGAAUGACAAGACCAUCUGUAUUUAGUGACAGUGUGUCACAAAAUACACUUCAUAUUUUCAGAAUAUAUGUGAAGUAUGAUGUGAAGUGAUGUGAUGAGAUGGCCAGAAAGAUGCUCAAUAAAGCAAAUUAUAGCA